AUGGACUUCUACUUAUCGGCGACACCAGAAGAGCGCAUUUUCCUCUGCGGGUAUAACAGAGUAAGAAGAUACGGGACAACACAACGGGUAUCGCACAGCAAGCCACCUCAGCUCAUCGAGCACACAAUCCGCCCGGAGGACACGAUAGCUGGGCUGGCGCUGCGCUACAAUAGUUCAAUUACCGACAUAAAACGCAUCAACAAAUUGUGGUCCAACGAAAGCCUCUUCCUCAAGAGCAGAAUCACUAUCCCGGUCCAUUGCGACACUCCGAUCAGUCCGCCCACCGUGAAUCUCGUCCCUGAAAGCCCUCGAAAGAUUUCAAAGAAACAACCGGGCCGCGACGAGCCACCGCCAAAAGGCACCCAACCCGAGCAGAGCAUGCGAGACAUUCUAAACCGGAUUGAUACCUCGAUCAAGAAAUCAUCAAAAACCGUGAGCAAAUUGGAGAAAGAGUCCAGG